UGCAAACUUUCCAACCGCGCACGCGCGCAAUUCAACGCGAUAAACGCCGCGCCCGCGACGUUCGCUAUACCUACGAAAUUUAUUUACGUUUCUUAAAAAAAUAACAACAAUCAAAACCAUGUUAAAUGAAUCUCAACAUUUAUGAAUCCGUGCAGAAACCCUCGAGUUAUCCGUGAAGAUAGUUACAGAACAUUUCCUUCAGUGUGAAAAUAGUUAUUGCGUUGUUGUAUGAUAAGGUUUCCUAAUUUUAAACUACGGUUCUCAAACUGCGUGAAGUCUGCUUUAAUGUGCGACCACAACAGAUCAAGCUUACAUGAGGGACGUCGGUUGACGAAGAACAGUGGAGGCUCGCCUCCUGUGGAAAUAAGAUUUACGACACAUUUCUGUUCAAACUACUUAUAAUAAUUCAAUAUUUCAACAUGAAGUUCGUACGCUCGUUCUUUAAACGGAUCACCGACGAUCUCAAACAAAAGAAAUUGAUACCUCUCAAAAUAUUAUUUUUCGUUCAUGCUUCAACACUGUUCGUGCUGUACCCGUACUUGACGAUCCACAUGCGCGAGCUGGGCAUCAACGUGGAGGAGACGGCCAUCAUGUCGGCCGUGACGCCCGUCGUGGCCAUCGUGUUGCCGCCGCUCGCCGGCAUGCUGGCGGAUAAGAUUGGCAAUUUCAGGCUGCUGUUGGCGUUGUCGUCGGCGCUGGGCGGCGCGUCGGCGCUGCUGCUGCUGGCGGUGCCGGUGGGGCGCAUCACGGUGACGUUCCCGCCCGCCGUGGAACUGCUGGCCAGCUGCGACGCUGACGCGCUGCGGCUGCGGCACGUGCACGACCACCCCUGCCGCCCGCUGCACCCGUACGCCUACGACGUGAACCUUACGACCCUCUCGUGCGGUUUUGUAUGUGACCUCCCAUCUGAAAUGAUAAAAAACCAAACUGAUGAGAUGUCACACAUGCACUCGUACGUGAUACAACUGCAGUCGCCAGUCAGCUCGCAGCAGCUCGUCUACCGCCAUACGGUGUCCUCGUUCCUCAAGCCAAUGGCGCCUAAGAAGGACAAGAGCACAGCGAGAAUAUUAACCAAUGAUCCUUUAUUUAAUACAACUGCGACUUUGGUUCCACCUGAACAGAUAUUCUUCCCAGCGCCACAGCUCUAUAAAAUGGAAUGUAGUCAUGACUCGCAGAAUGCCUCAUGUUAUUUCGCCUGGGAUAGUUUUGCGUCAGAACAGAAGGAAGUAAAUGAUGAGAGUAAUUUUCGAAUCAGGAUAUCACACGACGCCCAGCAGGCUGAACUAGACGCGAGGAAAUACACUGUUAAAGCGAUUACAGCUUGGGAGAGUCAAUCAGAAUUCGUAAAAGAUGUCAGUGGUAUUGAGAGUACGACAUGUGUUGACAGUUUGAGUAAGGGCUCUAGCGGUGUAUCGGUACGCGCGGGCGCGUUGCGUUUCCCUCGCUGCGCGGCGGCGUGCGCGGCUGCUGCGCCGCGCUCCAGCCUCUGCGAGAACACGCAGCAGCAGAAGGAUAUCGACCCCGCAUUCACCUUCUGGGCAUACCUCGCUGUUCGCGUGUCUAUUGGGAUCAUAGGAGGUACGGCGUUUGCGAUGUUCGAAGGCGCUGUGAUCGCCAUCGUGCGCGAGCAGCGCGCCGACUACGGGCUGCAGCGGGUAUACGGCAGCAUCGGCGGCAUGAUCUCCUCGCCGCUGUCCGGGGUGCUCAUCGACUACGCCAGUCGCGGCAAGGGCUACACCGAUUUCAGGCCCGCAUUCUACCUGUAUGCCGUGCUAAAGGUAUUGUCCGGGGCGCUGAUGCUGAGCAUCGACCUGGAAUUCAAGCAGCCCGCGCAGAACCUGCUCGACGAUGUCAUAUCCGUGUUCCGGAAUAUUGAGAUCGUAGCGCUCUUCAUAGCUUGCUUUAUCAUGGGCACCGCAUGGGGUUACAUCGAGAGCUUCCUCUUCUGGCUCCUCCAGGACUUGGGCGCAUCGCGCUCGCUCAUGGGCAUCACCAUCACCGUGGGGGGCGUGGCCGGCCUGCCGCUUCUAGUGCUGUCUGGGCCCAUCAUUCACCGCCUCGGACACGCAAAUGUGCUGUUUAUUGGAUUCGUCUUCUACGCUAUCAGGUUGCUCGGAUACUCGCUGAUCUACAACCCGUGGCUGUGCCUAGUGUUUGAGGCGCUGGAGUCCGUGACGUCAUCGCUGUCGUUCACCGCGGCCGUGACGUACGCCGCGCGGCUGUCGUCCACCACCACCGACACCUCCGUGCAGGGGCUGCUAGGUGGCAUCUAUUAUGGCGUCGGUAAAGGAGCCGGUAGUCUUAUCGGUGGUUAUCUCAUGAAGUUCUUCGGCACUAGGCCGACGUACCAAAUAUUCGCGUGCGCCACAUUUGUUACCGGAUGUAUUUAUUUCUUGUUCAACAAGUUCUACAUCGGAAAGAGCGCCAUGGGCGACGAGAACGACCUGUGCAAGAAAAAGCCCGCUAUUAUAGCCGACGUGGAAAACCGCGAUACUAACUUAGAAGCGGAUAAAGGAAAAGCGACACUAGAUGGCUCUGGCAAAACUGAUAUUAUUACAGAUGCGAACGUAACGAACGAUACGCCUAAAGUGUCCGACGAUCAGAAGACUAAUUUACCGCCCGACAACACAGAUGGCGGUAGCGACUCCGGAGUGGAAAACCCAGCUUAUACCGAAACGGAAAGCAUAUCGUGUAAUGCAAAGAAAAAUGACAGUAAAAUAGGAUAAUCAUGAGAUUUUAGGUAGGAUUCAAUUAAUGACCUAUAAAUUUAGUUUUAAGAGUUUUUAUUUUAAUUAAAUUAUUAUAAUUUAAUUAUUA